CUCCUCUUCUUUACAUCUCACCACAUUAAUCUCUGUCUGAAGAGGAUGUGGCUGCAGCGCAGUUAGGAUUGCUGUGCUGCCUCCACCUGUUUCUUCGUCUCUGUUGUUGCGCCCUGAAAAAUCAACUUUUGCAGUCAUUAAUCAGUUUCUAUUUGCCUCAUCGGCGCCGUUUGUUUCUCAUUUCCAAUAAUGAGCUCACAGAGAGCGCGCAAUGAGAAGCGGCUGGGAGAACAGCAGCAUCAAGCACAUCUCCGGUGUUGAAUGAAGCCACAAAUCAGCACAGGAUGUGUUGACAACUCCUGUUGUCUCUCCAGCUCUCCUCUCUGAGAUGGAUCUCUCUUUGAAGGGCACCUCUUCAAACCUAUCCAAACUGUUCUUCAAUACCAGCAUGCCACUAAACGGCACUGGGAAUUACACCAACGACCAGUUUACUGAAGUCAACCUCUUUGAAAUCCUGGGUCCAAAACGAUCUCCCUUCUUUCUCCCGGUGACCACUGUUUACCUUCUCAUCUUCCUCACCGGCUUGUCUGGAAAUCUGCUCACAUGUGCAGUGAUAGCAAAGCACAAGAAGAUGCGUAACCCCACCAACCUCUACCUUGUGAGCCUGGCCGUGUCCGACCUCCUUGUGCUUUUGUUCGGGAUGCCCCUGGAAAUUUACGACCUGUGGCAGAACUACCCAUUCCCCUUUGGCGAGGGCGGCUGCUAUUUCAAGACCUUCCUCUUUGAGACAAUCUGCUUCGCCUCAAUCCUCAAUGUGACAGCUCUGAGCGUGGAGAGGUACAUAGCUGUGGUGCAUCCGCUCAAAACAAGAUACCUCUCGACAAAUCAGCACGCCAAGCAUGUAAUCACCGUCGUGUGGGUGGUGUCGAUGACCUGCGCCAUCCCAAACACAUCACUGCACGGCAUCUUCUACCUGCCAGAGAAGAUGGAGGAGUCGGCCAUAUGCACUGUGCUGAAGCCCCUGUGGAUCUAUAACAUGGUCAUGCAGAUCACCACUGUGUGCUUUUAUUUUGUACCCAUGAUGGUGAUUAGCAUGCUGUACCUGGUGAUGGGCCUUCAUUUGGGCAGAGAGACGCGGCAGCCCAGCAAGAACCUGGGAAAGAACUGUAGGAGCAACACACGAAGGAAGAUCAGCAUUGAGAACGGGCGCAGGAGACAGGUUACCAAGAUGCUAUCAAUCGUGGUGGCUGUGUUUGGAGUCUGCUGGGCGCCCUUCCACAUCGAGCGGCUCCUGUGGAGUUCCAUCAGCCAAUGGACCGACUUGAUGCACAAUAUUUAUCAGUAUGUCCACAUACUGUCGGGCGUCCUCUUCUACCUCAGCUCUGCGGUCAAUCCUAUCAUCUACAGCCUGCUCUCCACACGGUUCAGGGAGUGUUUCCGAGAACUCGUGUGUUCCCAGACGGAGGACAACAGCUCUGUCAGAGACUCGCCGCCCUUCCCUAAAAUCUUACUGAAUCCCUCUGUUUCAAGUUCCAGAGCUCAGGCUAAGGGUAAGGACUCUAAUGCUAUCAUCCCUUUGCUGUCUCCUAACAUGACACUGAGCAUAGAUUCUGCAAUCCUCACAUGUGCAUGUAAAGAGACGACUUGCAAGACCUCGGUGUUCUAAUUGACAUUUGAUAUGAAUAAGCUAACGAGGAGCUGACCUAGAACCACUUUAAAGAAGUAAUUUGGCAUUUUGUGAAAUACGCUUAUUUACUUCCUUGCUGAGAGUUAGAUGAGAAGAUCGAUAGGACUCUAAAGAUACGAGCAAAUUGAUAUGACUCAGAGAAUGGAAACAGGGGGAAACAGCUUCUCUAGCUCUGUCCAUAGGUACAAAAAAUCCACCUACCUGCAUGUGUAAUGCUCGCUAAAUAAAAACUGCAUAUGUCAUGUAUUUAAUUUGUAAAAAAAGAAAAAAAAAAAAGAAAUUAGUAGUGAUACAAUUGAGCUUUAAAUGGGUUGUAGGUGCAUUGUUUUUCACUGUUGCACAGAGCCUGGCUAGCUAUUCCCCCGUUUUCAGUCUUUAUGCUAAGCUAAGAUAGCAGUCUGCUAGUUCAUAUUUACUAUACAGAUGUAAGAGUGGUUCUCAUCUAAGUCUAACCAAGAAAGUGAGCAAGUGAAUUUCUCAAAAUGUUGACCUUUGAACCUUUAAACUUGUUACAUGUCAUUAAAGAGCUUGUACAUAUAA